AUGGUACAGCAACUCCUUGAGUACAACUCGGAAGACGUCCCUAGUAUAGACUACGAGUACGACAUAGACGACAUCCCUAGCAUUGAUAGCGAGGACGAGCGCGCAUACGAACGCUGCUACGGCCGUCGCCACGAGAUCAACUACGAGAACACCCAUCCCAUGUCGUACUACGUCCACCGCCAGGCCCUCGAGGCCAGUGAGACGCAACCACUCCUCCCGCAGACGUCUGGCGAGGCGGCGGCUCAUCAGCAGCAUGAUUUAGAUCUCGAGAGCGGCCAGAUGAACACCACCACCGUCGUCGACGGCUUCCGCGAUUGGAUAGCCAUGAGCAUCGACACCCAGGAGACGCUGUUCAUUGUUUUGAUCUGUGCGCUCAUGCUUUUGUUGUUUGUUCUCCUCAUGUGGCUCGUCAAGCUGGCCAUCGAUGCCGGCAUCGUCGCCAUGGCUUAG